CUUCUUCACCCCAGCGCCCAAAUGUACAUAGCGCACGACAACUCGUCUUAAAUAAUCACAAAAUACCCUUGACCGUCUCUUAUAUCAACAGGUCAAUGUCUGGUGCACAACAAUGGGCAAACCAAGACUCAUAAUCCUCAUCCGCCAUGCACAAUCCGAAGGCAACCGUGACAAAAGAAUCCAUCAGACCACGCCGGAUCACAAAGUAGGGCUCACCAGCGAAGGCCACACACAAGCCCUUGAAGCUGGGCAGAAGCUCCGAGCCCUCCUCCGCAACGACGACACUCUCCACUUCUUCAUAUCCCCUUACCGUCGCACGCGGGAGACCACAGAGGGAAUUCUCAGCGGGCUAUGUUCCAACGACCCGGUUCCCUCGCCGUUCCAGCGAUCCCACAUCAAAGUUUAUGAAGAGCCCCGGCUCCGCGAACAAGACUUUGGCAACUUCCAGCCGGGGACUGACGAGGUUGAGCGCCUGUGGCGUGAACGUGCCGAGUACGGCCACUUCUUCUACCGGAUCCCCAAUGGGGAGAGCGGCGCUGACGUCUACGACCGCGUCUCGUCCUUCAACGGAUCCCUAUGGCGCCGCUUCUCCGAAGAUAACAUGGCCAGCGUAGCCAUCCUCGUCACGCACGGCCUGUGUAGUCGGGUGUUCCUGAUGGCGUGGUACCAUUACAGCGUCGAGUUCUUCGAGGACCUCCGCAACAUCAACCACUGCGAAUUCCUGGUCAUGAAACUAGGCGCCAACGGGCGGUACGUCCUCCAAAACAGUCUCCGACGCUGGUCCGAUCUUAGGAGAGAACGGGCGGCGAGGAAAAGUAUCUCCCAGUCUCCUGUGCCAGUGGAGUCGAUCCCCGUACGACGUUGGGCUUCGAACCGUGCCGCGGCUCAUGAUCCCGGUAGUUCCGGUACAGGCAAUGUCAACAGCAAUAGCAACAGUAACGGCACAAACAGUCACCUGCCUCGUCCCUCGCGGAAGAACACGGCAGACAUGUUUCGUGACGAGCGUGAAGAUGUCGAGGAUAAGCGUCAUCAACAACAACAUCAGCGUCGAGACAGCGUGAACAGGGCCAGGGACAGAAACCAGAGCCAAAACAAGAGCCACAGCCAGGGUCAAACCCGGGUACAAUCGACAAGCAGCACCCUCCGAACCUCCCUCAACAACCUCGCACUUGAGACGUCGUCCAGGAAACCCGGUCUGAGAGCUUAUUUGGGUCGUGACGGAGGGGGAUCGAGGUCCGGGGCAGCGUCACCUUUUGGAUCCGACGACGAAGAAAGUGAUGGUACACCACAUUCGGAGUUCAAAGUGAAGGGUGGUUUUGACAAUAAUGAUGACCACGGUUACACCCAGAAUCAGGGUCAUGGCCACGGUCACGGUCACGGUCAUGCUGGUCAUGGUCACGGCCGUAGAAACAGCCACGUUCAACAAACGCCCAAACUCUCGGCAUCGUCACUGGCCCGGGCGUUGAGGGGAGACUUUGACCUCGACGGAAACAAUACUGGUCACAGUCGGUCGUUCGAUGACAGGACGGCCGUGGCGGACCCGUUAGGUGAUCAACCUAGUGACGCUGAGGUCGAAGAAGCGGAUUUAGAAAUGGGUACGAAGCGACAAGAGGAGUUGGAGAUGGAGCAUAUCCUUGAAGAGGAGAGACACGAGAGAAGUCAUGGAGGGAGUGUUUAUUGAUAGUGUGGGCAUGGGCAAGGGUAUGAGGAAGAGCAUGAGCAAGAGCUUGAAUACGACACGAGCCUGAGUAUGAACAUGGGCAUGAGCAUGAAUAUGAACAUGAUAUGAGCAUUCAUUGUCGGCGUUGGUAGUUAUUACAAGCGUGAGGUUAUAGAAAACAGAAAAGAUGCACAUCAUACUGAGGUAUCUACAACAUUGAUAUAUCGAUAUAUCAG